AUGGUCGCCAGACGUGGUCCAACACUACGCCUUAUUAUUCCUCCAUUCGGUACACCUGUGGAAGCCUCGAGUCGGCCCGGCGCCACUCCCUUCCCACAUCUCCCAACCAGUAUCGACUCUUAUACCGAACUGGCUGCCGAGGAAAUGUCACUUGCCAUGUUCGAGCCUUUGGAGCGGGUCCAGGCUCGCUCGCCUUGGAGCGAGGGAGCCGCGACUAUCCAGGAGACGCCAUACAGUAUGUACCCUGACAGUUGGUCGCCCGACCCGAAUGGUCCACGACCGCCUCUGUACCGGCCACUGACCAAGAAGCAGGACUCAUUCGAGCCUUUGCCUCUUCCAGCUUUCUCCCCCUGUGCUUUAGGCGAGUGGCCGAAUGGCAACGCUGUCUGUUCGCCGACACAAGAGUACGAGAAGGAGUCGAGUGACAUGUACGGUGACGAUGAACACUGGCUGGACGCUGAGCUCUGUGAACCACCUGCUAUACUCGCCAUCCCAAGUCUCGAAGAUAGUCAGGAAGUCCACCCACCAGCAUUCCGCUUCUUGUCUCCCACGACUGAAGGAAUGAUCGAGGACUUCCUUGCUGAUCUCGACCUGCCAGACUUCGAGGAGGACACGUUGUCACUCUUGCUACGAGAUACAAGCCCUGAUGCUUCCUCAAUCUCCAGCUCAGAGGCACUGUUCCGCCAGUUGCUGGGCGAAGUCAAACAUCCUCAGCCCAACCAUCCGCCAACCUUGCCACCCAUCGUUACGUCGUCGGGCCUAAUCCAGCUCACGUUCGACCAGCAGUCUCAGCCAAGCUUGACAAGUUCCGAGAUCCUCUUCGGACCUCACAGUAAGUUUCCUGACUUGAUCGAUUGCCCCAUCCCGCCAGAGUUCCUCGGGUUUGUGCCUCUCAAGAGCAGCGAGACUCUGUUCGACAUUGACAAUUUCGAGCAGUCCAAUGUUCUCGAGCCCGGCGAUCUGGAAGGCUCGUUUGACGUUGAUGCCAUCAAUCAGGAAAUUGCCGGAGCACGCGAGCGCGAGCAGUUAUUCACAAACGGUGCGAAGCCUGCGAAGAACGAAUGGCAGUGGUCUGACACGCCGAUAAAGCAAGAAUACCGCCAAGAAACAUUGGACCGGCCGACAAGCACCCUCUGGAAACACGAGACGCCUGAAGCAGAUAUCCUAGCAGCGAUUGCAGACUGGGUAGAAUGGGAAGGUCGUCGCGCCGACUCUUGCUACAAGAAAGUCCUUGACAAAGUCAUGGAGAUAGUGAUCUUCUCAGACAACUACGACAACCUCCUGUCUACACUGCAAGACGACAACGUUGAAGUCAGCGACACCGGGAUCGUGCUCAAACUGGUUCAUUUGAUCAAAGUGAACUACCUGGACGUCAAAGACCUGGGUGAUGGGAUCGAGGCACCAUUCACGACGUUCGGCGAGUUCAUGCGCAAGGUGAAAAAGCUGAUAGCUAACAUUCAGACGCUCUUCCCAGAAGUGCACAUCCCGAGUCUCGACGUCGAGUCAUCUUGCUCUUCGAGCAGCAGUGACAGCUGGAUUCCACACAAUCCUCUGCCCAUGUGGCCACUUUGGAUCAGUGAGUUCGUCUCAGAAGAACCGCUUAAGUUGGACACAUCAGAGGCCGAGGUUCUGAAGCGCCAAACGGAAGAGCUCGCUCGUGUCUUGCUCGAGCAGAAAGUUCUGGGAAUCAUUAAGCCGGAGGACGUGGAAGUUGAAGAGAUCGACUGGAAAGCAUUCUUUGCUCGAAAAUCGAAGUCUAACGACUCGAAGCCGACGGAAGAUGACGAUCCGCCUGCGAGCUUGUUGGUUGACAAAGAGCACGGCUCGGACAGCACAUCACCUCCACCAUCGAUCAUCAGCAGCUCGGCGCCACUGAUAUCGCGUGCCUUCCCAGCUGCGUUCCCUUGGUUCAGUCCCUUGGAUACCGACCGCUCGGAGUCAUCGACUUCGAUUCGGAAACGUGGGCGACCUACCUCGGUGGCAUCGGAUCGCUCCGGUGCCUUAAGCUCGACUGGUAUCACUUCAUCGGACAUCGGAAGCCUCGACUCGUCGCUCGCCAACAGCCUCAUGUCAGUGGAAAUUACCAGUGGCAGCCCUUUGGACGCUAGUACCUUCGGACUGCCCCUUCCAUCACCAGUGCCUGCCGAGCUCGGGGCCUUUAACGCUGAUCUAGACGCCGUCAACGCCGAAAGUUCCGCUUGCGAUACUCGAUGGCACGACCUUACCCAGGAGUACAUCCACACCGAACUUGACCGUCUUGCUGAGCAGACUGCCCUGGCUAACAAGCUCUCUGACGCUGUCGCUGAUUUCUCCGCAACACACAAGGAGAUCCAAGAGGUCCUCGAUGAUCAAAUUCGGGACCUGGCUCAUAUUGCGACAGUGUACGACUCAGACGAGGCGGAGUGGCUUCUGCAGAAAGCGCUGGGUACUCGAGAUCAAGUCACGCACUUCUACCGGUCCGCUAUAAGCGCGGUAGCCGGUAAUAGUAUCGACUUUCUGCGUUUCAGUAAGGAACGCCACGAUCAAGUCUCACAGCUUGUAUGCAACUGGAACUCUCAGUACGAUGAUUUGCACUCGCUGAUGAUCGGCUACGACGCGCUGAUGUCUGAGGACAAGGAUCAUGCCAAGAAGGCUGCGAGGAAGGCAGCCCGUGGCCUCCGGCGAUGGGAGAUGGGAUUUGAGUAUCUCGAGAACUGGAGCGCGGAGGAUAGAGAGUCUCGUUAG